GAAAAAAUAAAAUGUGUUACCUCAUUUUAAUAUUGCUUUUUGUUAUCACUUACAAAUAUGUGAUUUAUUAUUUGAGAUAAUAAGAUAAUUUAAAAUAGCAGUAAUAUGCUAAUAGAAAACCUCCAGAGAUUCCUGAAUCUGAAUUAUCUAACAAAUAUUAAUCUCUCAAACUUGAAGUUUAAAAAAUGAAACAAGAUGCUGAAACAUUAAAUACAACUGAAACAUUUGCUAAGUAUAGUAAACUUUAACGAUAAUUAAUUCCUAAGUAAGAAUAACUGGAAGAAUUGAAGAAAUAAUAUGAGGAAUAAUAAGAAUCAUUCAUUAAAUAAUGGGAAGAGGAAUAAUCCAAAAUUCCAAAACCUCAUUCAAUAACUAAAUAGCUAAAUUUUAUUGAUAAAUUUAUUAGCAUUAUCAUGAUUUUAGGAUUCUGGCCUAUUUAUUUUGAAUUGAAGAAUGUUUCUUUUGAUUAAUUUAACCCUAUAUUAGGGGCUGUAGGUUAUAAACAAAAUGAUUUCAAUAAUAAUUCAACUUAGCUUUGGGGUACUAAUUGGGUAUUCUGUUGCAUCAUUGUCGGAUAAUUAAUUUUUAGAUGAUUUGGUG